GUUAAAUUCACCAAAAAUUUACAGUCAAGUCAAAAUGUAACUUGUACACAAAAAUGAAUCGUAAUAAAUGACAUCAAACAAGCUUGGCAAGAUGUUCUUUACCAACUUUCUGUUCUGGUAGAUAUCGUAUUACAAAUUACACUACAGACAUGAGAAGUGUUACCACAAAAAGCUGAAGAUUGGGAGAAGCAGGACGCGUCCUUGGAACCUAUACCUGAUGGAAUUUAACUAUUUAGAAAACAUACGAAAGCUAAGAGAAAGGAUUGUACCGUUUAAUCGCCAGCUAUGCAAUGAGUCUCGCUGUCCAAAGAUCAUAAAGCGUUGGGAAGAUCAUCAGCACAAAUGUCACACGGUGAAGUUUAAGAAAUUGACAAUGGAGAAUAAAGAACUAAAACCGUGCAUUAAAAUCACAAAAUUGAAAACUGUUGAUCAAAUAGUACAAACAAGUAUUGAUAUGAAAUGCCACGUAGGAACUAACUGCAACAUUUUUCACGAUGAUAAACAAGCGAUGGCCAAGAUUGCGAGUGAAGUUAUGAACGCAGAAAAUAUUGGUGAAUUUUUGGGGCGUAAUCAGUCCUGCAACACAACGGUAUCAUUUAAAAAUUUCUACAAGGAACGUUUGCAGUACGAAGUACUCCAGUGGCUGCGUGAGGUACCUAUAGAAUCCGAAUUUAAUUCGACUGCUAAAAUUGUAACAGAAAAAAUUGUCAAUAAUUUAAUAGAGAAAAUCGACAAACUGUCUGUUGAAGCUGAUGAAGAUUGGUACGAAGUGAAGCUCAAGCGCGAGAUAGAUCAUUGCCUAAACUCUUUGCCUAUGUCAUACCAUAGCACAAAAUGUGCCAAGAUCAGAUAUAUACUGACGGAGAGCCUUAUUACAAGGAUCAUGGUACUUAAUAGUAAGUAUCUCUACGAGUCCCCGACCAGCUUCCAAGAUGAGCUUGAUGUGAACCAUUACGCAAGCAAUAAAGAAAUAUUUCAAAUACCUAUAGUAAGCAUGUUUGAAAACGAAAUAUAUACUUGGCUCCAAUCAAAGAAUUUGAAAGGCGAAGAAGGAACAACGCUGAAUUUGAAAUACAUUGCAAAGAUGCUUUUAAAUCGGCUCUUACCAUGUUUAAUGGAUAAGUACACAAAGAGGAGCAAGUAUUUAAUAAAGGGUGGAAUCAUGGAAGUCUUAGACACCUUGCCUUUGACUAUGGCCCUAUUUAAAAACAGGAUAUUCCUAAAUGGUCUUGCAAUGGAAUUAACAAAUAUACUGAUGAAUGCACAAAACAAUUUUGAACAGCUUACAAUUUACAACAAUGCAUAUUUAGGUUUCAGUAAAACUUUUAGUUGCCUAAAUCCUGAGGCUUAUUUGAAUAAUCCAAUGAAACGUGAAUCUGUAGGUAAGCAAGUUACGCUAAGAAUGUCGAAUACCACCAAAGUUGGUGCAGUUGAUAAAUCAAGUAACAAUGGAAUAUAUCAGCCAAAAACAAAUAUAAAUAGGCCAUAUAUAGGUAGAGAAAGUCAUUUCGUUGCUAUGGAACUUAAUAUGAGUUCCUUUUCUCAGAUAGAAAGGACAGUCACGAAAGAUACCACCUUGUCGCGUAUGACACUUAAAAUUCUAAGAGACGUCAAAUCAAGGAAUUUGAUUGCGAGAUUGAAGGAUUUUAAGAAAAAUUCCGUACCAAGUCUAUUAUCAAUUUCUUUGGGUUCAGUAGAUGAAAAAGAUUACAACUCCUCUUGCUGUUCUUAUUUUAGUAAACAUGAUGAUAAAUUUCGAAUUACAAACAAAGUACAUGGCACAAAUGGUAGCACGGAAGAAACUGUUAAUGUUGAAAAGUUAUCAUCUCUUAUUAGAGCUUGGAUUGAAAAGUUGCCCAGAAAUGAUCCCAAUUUGAAAAAUCGAAACGUCAUGGAGUCUGUAAGUGGUGACUUCGCUCAGGAAAUAACCAAUGAAAUAAUGUCUGUUCCGACAGUUGCAGGAAAUAGUCGUGAUAAAGAAACUUAUUUAGGAGAUAUAAUAUCAAACUGGCUAUCGCUCCUUGGUUUUGUUAAAACUUCAGAUGAAGCUAUAUCAUACAAAAAUGAACUACUAUAUGAAUUGCAAAAUGAAUUGCAAACGCCAUGUAAAGUGAUCAUACAAGAAAGUGUUGAACCCGAGUUGAAAGAAAAUAUGGACACGUUGAAUUCUGACUUUUUGUCUUGUUUAAAUAAACGGCCACCUGAAGUUUGUACUGAUUCAGAUUCCUGCAAGAAGUUAGUCCAUGAUUUUGCUGUUAUAAUUUAUAACGAGCUAAACAAUAAACGUUGCAAUAAUAAGAAAAAGAUAUGGAAAAAGAAAUUAAAAAUGAUCCUCAGAAGAAAUAUGAAGCCACAAGCGAUACAACGUGUAAGGAAUUUUCAGAUCUGGUUCAAAAAGAAAUAA